CACACGCCUCUACGGAGGUGGGUGGGCUCGAGGCAGCGGCAGCAGCAGGUGAGGCCGCGCGCGCGCGCACAGCGGAGCGCAGUCACGGAGCGGAGAGACAUGGGGAAGCUUCAGGAAUUUAACAUCACUUUCACCAACAACAAGGUGGUUUACGGACCGGGAGAGUCCAUGAGCGGAGCCGUGAAGAUCCGAACCGGCACCUCGCUGCAGUACAAAGCCAUCAAGGUGUUCUGCCAGGGCUCAUGUGGGAUCUCCACCAAAAUGAACGACUCCUCGUGGACUCUUGAGGAGCAGUACUUCAACAGCACUCUGUCAGUAGCUGAUAAAGGAAUUCUGCCGCCGGGCGAACACAGUUUCCCGUUCCAGUUCCUCCUUCCAGUCGCUGUUCCAACUUCCUUUGAGGGACCUUUUGGGAAGAUUGUUUACCGUGUGAAGGUGGCUAUCGACACGCCUCGAUUCUCUAAGGGCUACAAAGCCCAGAAGCCUUUCUACGUCCUCAACAUGCUCAAUCUGAACGAGGUUCCUGACAUUGAGAGUCCGAGUUACGCUGUCACCACCAAGAAGUUCAGCUACCUGCUGGUGAAGACGGGGACCCUGAUGCUGAAAACCCGCAGUGACCUGAAGGGCUACGUCCCAGGUCAGGUCAUCAAGUUAGCCACUGAGAUCCACAACAAGUCCGGGAAGGACACUGGAUGUGUCCUGGCUAGUCUCAUUCAGAAAGUGACCUACAAAACCAAGCGGGCCAUCUUUGACCUGCGAACCAUCGCGGAGGUGGAGGGGGCCGGAGUGAAGGCUGGAAAACACGCAGAGUGGAGGGAACAGAUCAUCGUCCCUCCUCUCCCUCAGUCUGUGCUGGCUGGCUGCAGCCUCAUAGACGUGGAAUACUUCAUCCAGGUGUCUCUAAAAUCUCCGGAAGCAGCCGUCACUCUGCCCAUCGUCAUCGGGAACAUCCCUUUGAACUUGUCCCCCUCCGUGCCUGUCCCCACCAGUCCAGGGCCCUCACUGGUACCCGGCCCUGCAGCGGCGACACCGAGUGCUCCGCCAGUGGAGGACGGCCCAGAAGACGAACUGUGCGCGGGGGGGUUUGCUAACGAAGAGAUCCCCACCAAAAGUCACUCCCAGCAGGACCCGCUGAUGCAGCCGGUCACCAUGUCUCCCAGCGCCUUCAGCCACGCGCCGGGAGCAGCGCUGCCACCCGGCCACAGGCGACCCGAAACUUCCGCUCCGUUGUUCUGCCUGUCCACAGGAGCGACGAUACCUUUCUUCACGGAGGGAAAUGUGACUCCAAUCCCCACCUCCUGUUCUCUCAUUCUCCCUCCAGAAUACAGCUGCUGUGACUAUCCCCAAGAGCCGCCUCCCACCUACGAGGAGAGCUGCAGUAGUGUGAACUCCAGUUUUACUGCUGGACAGUAGAAGAAGCAGGCGGUCGACCAUCGUGGCCACGAACACCCUCACAUCUGCCUGCCCCCCCUCCACAAACUAGAUCCGGAUGCUGGAUGGAGGAGGACGGACGACGACUCCACCCUGCGAGCGGCGUAAAGCUCUUCUCUGAUGAAUAAAAGGGAUUUUUCUUAUUUGAAUAGGUUAGGUUUCACCUGGCUAGCGUCAGACGUGUGGCCAACAUCACUGUGCCUAUUGUGGGUCCUCGCUCAGCGCUUAGGGAUGAGUAGGAGGUUGCUGGAUGUUUGUUUGGUUUCAUUUAGCAGCUCGUUGCAUCUGUGAGGCCUUUAGAUAAAAAUCUAGCCACUGAUUAAUGUAGAAGACACCUUUAUUUACCUGAUUCACCUGUUGGUCUGGGGUCCUCACGCUAGGUGGACAUGCAGCUACAGGUGCUGAUUCUUCUGCCCAGCUGGAGUCAUGUGACCUGUCCAAUAGCAGGAUGAUGCAGAAAGUAUCCGGUCGAACCGGAAAAGGAGCCUGAAUCUUCUGGUCUGGAAGAGGAUUCAGUGGUUGUGACAUGGUGGUCUUUAAAAUCAGGAGUUGCUGGUAAAAUGCCCUAAACCGUUAAGAGUUUUGUGAUUCUUUUCUGUCCCAGCAGUCGGACGUUUUAUGCAUCAACCGUUAUCCGGUUUUUAAAUAAUAGUUUUCCAUGAGCUUUGGCUGUUUUUCACUCGUUUUCAGCCCGGACCUGACAACGUUCCAGCACAAGUUUGUCUUUUUAUCUGUAAGGAUUGUUUUUGUCUAAGGAAACAAGUCGCUCCAGUUUCUUAGUCGUAUUCAUGAGAAGUACCAUCAAUAUCGCAGUCAGACAGAAAAUAGGAUUUUAGCUUCAGUGAGGUUAUUUUUGGCAAGGCAACUUUAUUUAUACAGUAUAGCACAUUUCACACACAAAGGCUUUUCAAUCGGAGCAAGAAUAUUCAAAUUCACACGACAGAAAAUCCAUCCAUCCAUUUUCAUCCGCUUAUCCGGAGUCGGGUUGCGGGGGCAGCAGACUAAGUCGAGAGGCCCAGACUUCCCUCUCCCCAGCCACUCGGGCCAGCUCCUCCGGGGGAAUCCCAAGGUGUUCCCUGGCCAGGUGAGAGACAUAGUCCCUCCACCGUGUCCUGGGUCUACCUUUAGGCCUCCUCCCGGUUGGACGUGUCUGGAAAACCUCACCAGGGAGGUGUCCAGGAGGCAUACUGACCAGAUGCCUGAGCCACCUCAACUGGCUCCUCUCGAUGUGGAGGAGCAGCGGGUCUACUCCGAGCCCCUCCCAGAUGACGGAGCUUCUCACCCUAUCUCUGAGGGAGAGCCCAGCCACCCUGUGGAGAAAACUCAUUUUGGCCACUUGUAUCCGUGAUCUCGUUCUUUCGGUCACUACCCAAAGCUCAUGACCAUAGGUGAGGGUAGGAACGUAGAUCCACCGGUAAAUUGAGAGCUUCACCUUCUGACUCAGCUCUCUCUUGACCACGACAGACCGGUACAACGCCCGCAUCCCUGCAGAUGCAGCACCAACCCACCUAUCCAUCUCACGCUCCAGUUUUCCCUCACUCACAGAUUUUCUUUUUCCCUCAGAACAAUGUAAAAUUGAUCUAUUUCAAUCAACAUAGCCCCGCUUAUGGAGGGCGACACCCGGGUAAGCAGGGGGAUCCAGAAGAAGAGAAAUUGUGGUGUGGGGGGGCCCAUCUAAUAUUAUUUUGUCCCAGGGCCCAGGAGAGGCUGUCAGCAGCCCUGCUCCCCUGAGUUCAGGAGCUUUUUUAUGUCUGGAGCACAAACAAACAACACAUGAGCUCUUUUCCUGAAGGUGUUAGGAUGCAAGAACUGAAACUGAAGGAAAAACAGCCGAAGUCCAAAGAAAACCUGAAGGAUCGAUCAAGCCCGCCUAAAAGCAUGACAAAGGUGUCUGGCAAUUAGGAGGGAAAGCGUGAAGAAACGGGUCACAUCAGUCACGAGCGUUAAACUUGAUUUGUUUUGCCUAAUUAUUUUACAUUAUUUACAUUUUCACUCUGAAAAUAAAAAUAGAAACGGAUGUUUUCUCUCUACUGCCACCUGGUGUUGGUUUAUAUAAGUAAGAACUUUAUAUCUAAGGCUCUUUGUUUUAAAAUCUGCUAUUUUUUGCUGCAAGACAGGAUGUUUGAGCGCCCUCCUGUGGUCAGGGCUGGUAAAGGUUUGACCUCAACUGGGUUUUAAGAGCAGAACUGGAACAGAAUCAGCCAUUUCAAAAUGAACUGGGCCCUGGCCUCCAUCAUGCAUCACGUCUGCUGUGGAAACUAGCAUCAAAUCAAAGUCCGCUGUGAUUCAAAAUCAUUAUGUGUCUGGAUCACACCGAGGGUCAUUUCUGUUAACUGUGUGUGUGUGUGUGUGUCAUAGAGCUGUAAAGUAGAAAGAACUAGAUUCCAUGAGCUGAUCCGAGUCAUUUGCACUCUACUUUUCCAAAUCAGUCGCUGGUGUUAGUGUCUGUUAGUUUUAUCUUCUGUGUAUCGUUGGCGUUUAAAUGUGACCUCUGCAAACUUCUACUCCAGUUGUUUAUGUUUGCUAUUUUUGAGGUUUUGUUUUGCACAAAAUAGUUUUCUCUAAAAGGUGAAAACAAGUCAGCGCUGUGAUUGGAGUAUUUUGUUUUCUACUUCAUCCCUCAGAGUGUUCCAGGAAGCAUUCCUUCUCCCCUUGAAUGUGCAAAACUAAAACUUCUGAGAUCCAAAAGCACAACUGCUGCAUUGAAUGUUUAGUUUUAAUAUUGUUGAUCAGCGAUCAUUUCAAAUUCAGUGAAAUCCAGGCAGAUGUUAGUUUUGAAUUCAGUUUGCCUCAUUUUCAUGGAUUUUGUUUGCCUGCGUGCACGUGUGUGUGUGCACGUGCGUCAAAUGAACAUUAAUGUGACUUCAAGCCUUAAACACCUGGAUUUCUGACCUUAACACGACCUGUUGAGCUCAGAGUUCCUUCAGUGGCCGUGCCAAGUGCACUUGAUGAUUUCAGAUGUAGCUUCAGAACACAGUGAGACACUGGACCUUAGACUUUUUAAACUUUGUUUUUAUUCAUGUUUUAGAAAAUAUGUGCAAUCCUUCACAUUUUUAAAGUGCUGCAGCAGCUCCAGGAAGUUGUUUCUCAGCUGUUUUUGUUUAUUUCUUCACCAAAAGGUACUAAAGCUUUAUGAAGAUCUGAACUUCUGUUAGUUCUCUUUAUUCCUCCCCUCCUAACAUGUUGAUGAGUGCUAUCUGGUUUAGUAUUUUUCUACUGCUACGUUUACAGGUGCAGGGUGAAUAUAAUGAUAGAAGCACCUCAAACAUGUCGUGUAAUUAAUGAUGCAGACUUAAAGUUGUACAGUAAAGUAAGAUAAUAAAAACAGUACAUUUGUAUUUGUAAGAUCUGA